GAGAAGGCGCAGAAGAAGGUCGAUGACGCUGGGGCCGUCAAGGACGACGCGGCCGCGAGGCUCAAGGGCGCGAAGGACCUCGCCGAGCAGGCCGCCAGCAUGCGCGCGCAGGCGAAGCAGGCCCUCAAGGACGCGGACAAUCUGGAGAAGGGCGCCAAGGAGGCGACCAAG